UCGCAAGUCAAGAGGCCCCAAGGGCUCCAUGAUUUGCCUGAGGGCUGAGCAAUCGUCUAAACCCUUUCAAUCUUCCGCAGCGUGAUGGGUUGAUCGUCCGGCUGCCUUUGUUCGCCAGUUUUUGAACAGAGUUCCCCGACCUCCAGCCUUUCCCAACUUUUUUCGCCUGGUGCCCCAGUUCUUGUUCGCCAGGAAACCCCCUCCACGACUUCUGGCCGCUCGUGCAUCCGACGAAAAAAAAACCGAGUUGCUCACAAUUGCAUGCGCACCCACUCCCGAUAACUAACCUAGGAUACCCGGCGCUUGGUACCCUCCCCCAAAUCCUCCCAGCUAUUUUUGCCCUGAUGCACCGGCAGCGAUACACUGCCUGACCUUGUCCCGGGAGUCACGCCGUUUUGACGCUUCAUUUUGCGGGACCAACCGCAUAUUACAAUCCGGACCCCGGUAGUUGACGACUUUCUGCUGCAAUACCUUGCAAAUGAAGUUUUUCUCUAAAAUAUCGUCCAAAAAGCCAAACUCCGCCGACGAGGAGGAGGACGACCAAGCCGGUUUCUUCGAAUCGUCGCAACCAUCCUCGCCCACCAAGUCGCCCACCAAAUCUCCCACCAAGUCUCAGCCUCCCACAAAAUCCUCAGGUUCCCGGUCGCCCACUAAAAAGGCCUCUUCUUCCCAACGCCCCCCCUCGCCGAACUCGCGCGAGUCCAAGCCGCAGACGCCGCGCACCUCGCGCCCCUUUGGGCGGCACCCAACCGACGCCGGGCGCCGAAAAAAGAUCGACCCGGACACUCACCCCCUCAACCUGCCGCCUGAGCAGCGCAAGCGUCUGUCGGAACUCUCUGCUAUGAGCGCCCGCAAUUCAAUGGAUGUCGACAAAGAGCCCGUCACCGGAGGCAACCCCUCCUCGCCUCCCCCCCCGCAGGCGCCGCCGCCGCAAUACCAGCAGACACGGCCGGCGAACCCUCCGUCCCACCAGAAUACUUUCACCGUGCCUGUGACGAACGGCGCCGACGUGCCGUCGACAAACGACGCCGCCGAGGAAGAAGUCGUCCCCGCUCCCCCGCCUCACCGAUCGCAGCCUUCCAGCCCGGUGCAAUCAGAUGCCGAGCAGGCCGAAUCAUUCAAGAAUGAGGGCAAUAAGUUCUUCAAGGCGGGUGACUAUACCCAUGCCGUCGAGUUCUACACCAAAGCCGUCGUCCUUCAACCCAGCUCGGCCACCUACUUAGGAAACCGGGCCGCGGCAUUCAUGUCCGCCGGUAAAUACGGUGAUGCUUUAGAGGACUGCAAGCGGGCUGUUGACUUGGAUCCCCGCAACCCCAAGAUCCUCCUCCGUCUUGCUCGUAUUCACACCAGCCUGGGCCAGCCCGAGGAUGCCAUUGCCACAUUCGGCCGCAUCCAGCCGCCGCCGUCCGCGAAGGACAUGGCGCCCGCCAAGGAUAUGCUUCGUCAUCUCCGGGCCGCACAGCAGGCUCUCAGGGAUGGCACGGCCGCAUCCAUGGUUUUGUAUCCCCUCGACAUGGCGGAGAAGCUGCUCGGCAUCGGUGCGCUAAAGCCCAGAAAGUGGCAGCUCAUGCGGGGCGAGGCGCUCCUGAAGAUGGGCGAUGCCAAUUCUCUUGGCGAGGCCCAAAACAUUGCCAUGUCCCUCCUGCGCAUGAACAGCCAAGAUCCCGAGGCUCUGGUACUGCGGGGCCGGGCGCUCUAUUCACAGGGUGAGAAUGACAAAGCCGUCCAACACUUCCGGAAGGCACUUAGCUGCGAUCCCGAUUUCAGGGACGCUAUUAAGUGGCUCCGGACCGUGCAGAAGCUGGAGAGGAUGAAGGAGGACGGCAACACCCAGUACAAGGCUGGGCGGUGGCAAGCAGCUCUCGACCUCUACACAUCCGCCCUUGACGUCGACCCGGCGAACAAGGGAACCAACUCCAAGAUCCUGCAGAACAGAGCCCUGUGCCGCAUCAAGCUCAAGCAGUACGAUGAUGCCAUCGCUGACUGCGAGAAAGCGGUCAGCCUUGAUCCCCAGUACAUGAAGGCCCGGAAAACCAAGGCCACCGCCCUGGGCCUGGCGGAGAAGUGGGAGGCGUCAGUCCGGGAGUGGAAAUCGAUCCAGGAGCUCGACCCCGAGGAUCGGACCAUCGCCAAGGAAGUCCGGAAGGCGGAGCUAGAACUCAAGAAGUCGCUAAGAAAGGAUUACUACAAGAUCCUCGGUGUCGAAAAGACGGCGACCGACAACGAGAUCAAGAAGGCCUACCGGAGGCUGGCCAUCGUCCACCACCCCGACAAGAACCCCGGCGACGCCGAUGCCGAAGCUCGCUUCAAGGAUAUCAGCGAGGCAUACGAGACCCUGAUUGAUCCGCAGAAGCGUGAGCGGUAUGACAGCGGUGUAGACCUAGCCGACCCGUCAGACAUGUUCGGCGGCGGCGGCGGUAUGGGCGGUGGCAUCGACCCCGAGAUCAUCUUCUCCAUGAUGGGAGGCAUGGGCGGUGGUAUGCCCGGUGGCAUGGGAGGAGGCAUGGGCGGCGGCAUGGGCGGCGGCAUGGGCGGCGGCGGACCGUUCGGCGGCGGCGGCGGUGGCGGCUUCCCUGGUGGCCCCGGCUUCUCGUUCAACGACCGGGGCCGCGGCAGAGGAGGCUUCCCGCAAGGCUUCCAGUUCUCUUGACAACCCGACUACGAGGGAGAAUCGACUGAUGCCGGGAGCGAAGGUGACACCUCUGACGAGGAUGACCAUGACAGCCGACAGCAGCGACGGAGCCAAGGCCAAGGCGGGUGGGCCCGUAGAAACGGGACCGGCGUCAAGGAGGCUUGGCGGGCCGAAGCCGAAGAGCAGAAGGAUAGACGGCUGGAACAGCUGCGUCGGUUCUGGCUGGUGCUGGUCGUGGCUGCCGUGCUUCUCCCUCCGUAUGUCUUGGGUGUGCUGGUGGCGGGCAGCGCAGUUGUGUACAUUUGCAUGGGGGUGGUGACGAGGUC